UCAUAACAGAGCUUCUCCUCCUCCACUUCUUUCAGCUUCCAUUAUCCUCUCUAUAGUCUACUCUUUUUGCUACAAAGGUACGAUUUUUCCAGCUGAAAUCCACUUCUUCGAAGCUCAAUUAAUUUCAUAAUCAGGUUCUGCUUUCAAAUUGAAGCCGAAGGCUUCUUCUUAAUGUUAGUUUCUCAGUAAAUGCAAAGAAUUAAUCAGGGGCUAUUGUAGUCCAUGGCCUCCCUCAAGCCCCUAAUUUCUCCUGAUAACACCUCGUAUGAGAUCAGGAAGCUAAGUUCUCCUUUUAAUUCUUUCAGUUUUGCUUCAUAUACUGUGUAUUCGGGCUUUUUGAUUACAAAUGGGGGAGCACUUUUUUUAAAGCCAUUUUGUAAACUGAAACACAUUAGGGUUUCUAGGUUGGAAAAUGAGUUUUUGGAUAAAUCUGAAUCCAAUUUGGACGAUGAUUGGACGGAUAAUGUGAAGAAGUAUGUGGCCGGUGAUGAUAAUCUGGUUUUAGAAGGCCAAAAUUUUCAUGGGAAUUCUGAUAGAGUGAGGGUGAAUGUGUGGAAGAAGUUCAGGGGUGGAAAGACAUUUAGGAAUAAGAGCAAAAAUAGUUUGCGUGAUCAAAGGAAUGCUAAAAAGCAUAAGUGUGAAGAAAAUUUCGGAAAUACAUUCGAUUCUAAAACUGUGUUUGAGUUAGAUUUCAAUGCUCUUGAUGCUGACUUGAGCCUAGACUGUUGCAAUCAGAUCUUAGAGCAGCUUGAGGGAAGCAAUGAUAGUAAAGCUUUGAGGUUUUUUGAGUGGAUGAAAGUUAAUAGGAAGUUGAAGAAGAAUUUGACUGCUUAUAAUUUGGUAUUGAGGGUUUUGGGUAGAAAAGGGGAUUGGGAUGGUGCAGAGGUCAUGAUUAAGGAGAUGGUUUCCGAGUCGGGCUGCAAGCUUACUUAUCAGAUAUUUAAUACCCUUAUAUAUGCUUGUUAUAAGAAUGGGCUAGUGGAAUUCGGUUCUAGGUGGUUCAGGAUGAUGCUCAACUGCGGGGUUCAGCCGAAUGCUGCUACGUUCGGGAUGCUGAUGGCUCUCUACCGGAAAGGUUGGGUUGUUGAGGAGGCAGAGUGUACGUUUUCACAGAUGAGGAAGAUGAAGAUAGUGUGUCAUUCUGCAUAUUCAGCUAUGAUUACAAUUUAUACACGCAUGGGAUUGUAUGGAAAAGCUGAAGCGGUUAUUGGUUUCCUAAAAGAAGAUGAAGUUGUUUUAAAUCAUGAUAAUUGGUUAGUUCUGCUCAAUGCUUACUGCCAGCAGGGAAAGUUGAGCAUGGCUAAGCAAGUGUUUUAUGCAAUGAGAGAAUCUGGUUUUUCUCCUAACGUAAUUGCAUAUAACACGAUGAUCACUGGGCAUGGCAAAGUUUCGAAAAUGGAUGGGGCAGAGCAAUUGUUCUGUGAUCUAAAAGAUGCUGGUGUUAUGCCUGAUGAGACAACAUAUAGGCUGAUGAUUGAAGGUUGGGGUCGAGCAGGUGACUAUAAGCAGGUGAAGCUUUACUAUAUCGAGCUCAAGAGGUUAGGUUUUAAGCCUAGCACUUCAAACUUGUAUACAUUGAUAAGAUUGCAAGCUGAACAUGAAGAUGAGGAGGGUGCUAUUGCAACUGUUGAUGACAUGAUCAAUAUUGGUUGUUCAAAGUCCUCCAUUCUCGGGAUUGUUCUACAGACAUAUGAGAAGGCUAAUAGAGUGGAAAUGAUGUCUUCGAUUUUGCUCGGACCCAUGUAUGAUCACGUUCUUAAAAACCAGACAUCUUGUGCAAUUCUUGUAACGGCUUAUGUAAAAAGUAGCUUGGUUGAUGAUGCUCUAAAAGUUCUAAGAGAGAAGCAGUGGGACGAUCCCAUAUUUGAGGACAGUUUAUACCAUCUCUUAAUAUGUUCAUGCAAAGAUUUGGGAUGCCUGGAGAGCGCCAUCAAGAUAUUUAUCCACAUGCCAAAAUCUGCCAAGCCAAACUUGAAUAUCUCCUGCACAAUGAUAGACAUUUACAGCAAAAUGAGCAUGUUUUCAGAAGCUGAAGGACUUUAUAUUGAGUUGAAAAGUUCAGAUGUCAAACUGGACAUGGUAGCCUUCAGCAUUGUUAUAAGAAUGUAUGUCAAAUCGGGGAAUCUGGAAGAGGCCUGUGUGGUUGUUGACUUGAUGGCUGAAGAGGAGAAUAUUGUGCCUGAUGUUUAUCUUCUUCGUGACAUACUUCGCCUUUAUCAGCGUUGUGGCAAGGCUGGAAAAUUGGCAGAUCUGUACUAUAAAGUGCUGAAAAACGACGAAAGUUGGGACGAGGAAAUGUACAACUGUGUGAUAAACUGCUGUGCACGGGCAUUACCGGUUGACGAACUUUCAAGGCUAUUCGAUGAAAUGCUACAGAAAGGAUUUUCACCAAACACUGUUACCUUCAAUGUAAUGUUGAAUGCUUAUGGGAAAUCCAAGCUGUUUGAGAAGGCAAGAAAGGUAUUUUGGAUAGCCAAGAGGCGAGGCUUGGUUGAUGUUAUAUCUUACAACACGAUCAUAGCUGCUUAUGGGAAAAACAAAUACUUAAGCAAUAUGUCAGCUGCUGUGAAGAGAAUGCACUUUGAUGGCUUUUCAGUUUCUCUUGAAGCCUACAACUGCAUGUUGGACGUCUACGGGAAAGAAGGGGAAAUGGAUAAGUUUAGAGAUGUUUUGCAGAGGAUGAAGGCGUCUAUAGGUUGUGCUGACCUCUACACAUACAACAUCUUGAUCAACAUAUAUGGAGAGCGAGGAUGGAUUGAUGAGGUUGCAGCUGUGUUAAUGGAACUCAAAGAGCGUGGAAUCGGCCCUGAUUUGUGCAGCUAUAACACAUUAAUAAAAGCAUAUGGCGUUGCUGGGAUGGUUGAAGAGGCCGUUGGUUUGGUUAAGGAGAUGAGAGGAAACGGAAUUGAACCUGACAGGAUAACAUAUACAAACCUAAUAACCGCACUGAAAAAGAACGAUAUGUUUCUGGAGGCUGUGAAGUGGUCAUUGUGGAUGAAGCAGAUGGGACUGUGAUUCUUGCAGUAGUGUCGAAUUUGUUUACUGUUGGCUUGGCAUAUCGAGCAUUCAGCAUGUAUGGAGCGGUGAGACAGAUAUGCAGAUCUGUGGUGCACGAAAAACGGGUAAUGUUUAAGAGCAUUCUGAUGAUUGUUUUCACUGUAUUUUGUGAUUAGAGCUCCUUGUAGUUGAAGUAGGAAGAGAUCCACAAUUUGGCUGUUACAUAUAUAUAUAUAUAUAGUUUCAUUGUAACAUGUUUAUAAUUGUAUCAUUGUAUAGAUAGAUAGCUAAGUCGCAGGAUUUGAAAAGAACAUUUUAUUACUA